UGUUUUCUUUAGUGUUUCAAUAGCGCAAUGAAAACGCCAAAUUUGCUCUAAAGUUUAAACCAAAAUGGAGGAUUUGUCGGUCGAGGUGUACGGUGAAAAUGGUGCUUAUUAUAAGGCCAUUGUCACCGACGUGCUCGACAACGAAGUUCUCGUAGCCUUUGAAAAUGAUUGGCAGCCCGAAUCGAAGUUUCCAUUUUCGCAAGUAUUCUUGCCACCUAAGGACACAGCUAAAAGCACAGAUUAUUUGGAAAGUCAAGAAGUAGAAGUAUUUGCUAGAUCAAAUGAGAAGGAAGCAUGUGGGUGGUGGACAGCAAAUGUCAAGAUGAUACGAGGCGAGUUCCUGGUGAUUGAGUACUUAGAAUGGGACAACUGUUAUUCAGAGAUUGUGCCAAAAGACCGGCUGAGGGUAAAACAGGCCAAGACACCCAUAGAUAAGAACACUUUCCAUAAGUUUGAGAUCCCAGUGCCUGAUGAUCUUAAAGACUACGUUCACGGUUUGCACAGCGCAAAGGUGGAGAACGCGCACAAGGAGUUUCAAAAGGCAAUCGGCGCGGCGCUUGUGUGGUACGUGCCCGAGCGCGGCGUUCUGGCCGUCAUUUCGCGCUGUGACACCUCCCAGCGGCGCGCGGACAUGCUGCAAGAGAUGCACUUCAGAAAUUUAACACAGAAGCUAUUACUACUGAAAAAGACUGAAGAAGCCGCUAGGCAAUUAGAGUCAACGAAAAUUCACAGCCAGGGAGGAUUCACAGAUGAAUUUACUGUUCGUGAGGAUUUGAUGGGUCUCGCGAUUGGUACGCACGGCGCUAACAUCCAGCAGGCGCGCAAGGUCGAGGGCAUCACCAACAUCGAGCUGGAGGAGAACUCCUGCACCUUCAAGAUAUGUGGAGAGUCCGCAGAGGCGGUCCGGCGAGCGCGCACUAUGCUGGAGUACGCGGAGGAGUGGGUGAAGGUGCCUCGCCAGCUGGUUGGCAAGGUGAUCGGCAAGAACGGGAAGGUCAUUCAGGAGAUUGUGGACAAGAGCAGCGUCGUCAGAGUCAGUACAGUGAAGGUGGAGGGCGACAACGAGCCGCAGCCGGUGGGGCCGCGCGAGGAGGGUACUGUGCCCUUCGUGUUUGUGGGCACGCGCGAAAAUAUAGCCAACGCUAAAAUACUGGUCGACUACCACGUGGCGCACCUCAAGGAAGUGGAGCAGCUCCGCGCAGAGAAGCAGGAGAUAGACCAGCAGCUCCGUUCCCUGGUCGGCACGGCUACUUACCCUCCGCCGCAGAACAGGGUGCGGCGACCCCGGCCUGCGCCGCCCGGCCCGCGGUACCCGCCCGGCGGACGACGAACCACUCCAGAGAUGGGUGAGGAGCGCGGUGAACGCGGUGAGCGACCGGAGCGAGGCGAGGGCGGGUACCGCGGCAGGCCGAGACCCAUCAGGCCCAAUAGGUCGAGUGAACGGCGUGGCGAGGAGAGACGUGUGCCGCUAGAGAAUGGACGCGCACAUCCGCGGCCGCCGCGCGAUUCACGGGACACGCGCGAGCCACGAGAGCCGCGCGAACCUCGCGAGCCGCGUGAACCAAGAGAGAUGGGCGGGCGACGGCGCGACGUGCGUGACUCGCGCCGACACACCGACGACGAGGGCUCUCUGCUGGACGCGCAGGACGUGUCCGCCGACAGAGAGUCCGUGACGUCGCACGAGGAGUCCGAGCAGAGCGGGCGCCGCCGACGACGCAGACCAGGCAGAGGUGGCGGGUGGAAGAACGGCGUGAGUGGCGGCGGAGGUGAGGGCGGGCGGGGCGCGGCGCCGGGCGGUGCGGCGGGCGGCGGCGGCGCGGCGGCGGCGGUGACGGCCAAGGGCAAGCGGGACGGCAAGGGCAAGAGCGAGGCGCUCGUGAACGGCACCGCGUAGGAACCCGCUGACUGCCGCCGCGAGUCACUCCGCCGCGAGAUCCGCGCCCCGCGCCGCGCGCCGCCGCAGCCCGCCGCGCGACCCGCGCUCACCUAACUAGACUCACUCGUAUUAUGCUUUCUAAGAGAUUCGUGAUUUGUAUUCCUGAUUACUCGAUUAUAUGAAAAAUUAAACAAUGUGUACGUCGCUCCCCCGGACGAUACUUAGCCGGCGCGUGUAACGCCGAAGUGUUGGAGACGCACACGGGCCGCGCCGCGCCGCGUGCCGCAUGCUGCGCCGCGCCGCCGCGUGUCUGCAUUGUGCUCAUGUCGUCUCCCAACAAAUAAAACAUUUCUGUACAUAUUUUCAAUGGUGGUUUUAUUACGUUCCUUUCACAAUAUAUCUUAUAUUAUAAUACUA